CAGACCCUUGUGUUGGAGUAAAAUAAUAGUUUAGGGUACGAGGGCAGCGUCGUGCGACCGGUGGAGCGCGAUCGUGUCCACGGCAACGGUUUCCAAGGGGGGCGGACCGGAAACAGGAAGUGAGACAAAAGGGGUCGUGGUGGAGGCGCGUUGUUCAGCAGCAGCCGGGAUGACAGAGGAGGCGCAGGACCCGCGGCCCGUCUCCCGGUACGAGCUGGAGAAGGAGACGGAGCUGCGGUUCGAGGUGGAGCCGGGCGAGACGGUGGAGCUGGAGUUGGUGUCGGGCCUGGCGGAGGUGUUCGGCACCGAGCUGACGCGGCACCGGCCCUACACCUUCGCGGGGGGCUCCAAGAGCGCCGUCUUCACCUGGCACGGCUGCUGCGUGCAACUGCGGGGCCGGCCCGAGGUGGCCUACGUCUCCCGCGACACCCCCAUGCUCCUCUACCUCAACUGCCACGCCGCCCUGGAGCAGAUGCGGCGGCAGGCCGAGCGGGAGGGCGAGCGCGGGCCCCGCGUCAUCGUGGUGGGGCCCUCUGACGUGGGCAAGACCACCCUCUGCCGCCUGCUGCUGAACUACGCCGUCAGGCUGGGCCGCCGGCCCACGCUGGUGGACCUGGACGUGGGCCAGGGCUCGGUCUCCGUCCCCGGCACGGUGGGCGCCCUGUACGUGGAGCGGCCGGCCGACGUGGAGGAGGGCUUCUGCGUGCGGGCGCCCCUGGUGUACCACUUCGGCUCGACGACCCCCGGCACCAACAUCAAACUGUACAACAGGAUCACCUCCCGCCUGGCCGAGGCCUUUAACCAGCGGUGUGAGCUGAACCGCCGGGCGGCGGUGGGGGGCUGUGUGAUCAACACGUGUGGCUGGGUCCGUGGCUCGGGCUACCAGGCGCUGGUGCACGCCGCCUCGGCCUUCGAGGUGGACGUGGCCCUGGUGCUGGACCAGGAGCGGCUGUACAACGAGCUGAAGCGGGACCUGCCCCACUUCGUGCGCACCGCCCUGCUGCCCAAGUCGGGCGGCGCCGUCGGUCGCUCCAAGGACUUCCGGCGGGAGCGGCGUGACCAGAAGGUACGCGAGUACUUCUACGGCCCGCGCGGCUCGGGGCUCUUCCCCCACGCCUUCGACGUGGCCUUCUCCGAGGUGCAGAUCUUCCGGGUGGGCGCCCCCAGCGUGCCCGACUCCUGCCUGCCGCUGGGCAUGCGGCAGGAGGACGCCCAGCUGAAGCUGGUGCCCGUGGUGCCCGGCCGGGACCUGGCCCACCACCUCCUCAGCCUGAGCUCGGCCGACCGGCCCGGCCCCCAGCUGCUGGAGGCCAGCCUGGCCGGCUUCGUGGUGGUCACCGCCGUGGACACCGAGAACCAGGUCUUCACUGUGCUCUCGCCCGCCCCCCGGCCGCUGCCCCGUAACAUCUGCCUCAUCAUGGAUAUCCGGUUCAUGGACCUCAAGUAGGGGGGCCGGCGGGGCGGGGAGACGGGUGACGGGAGAGAUGCCCGCUCAGGCAGGGACCGACGGGGACACAAUCCUUCUCUUCGUGGGCCUCGCGUUAAUGGGAAGGGGAGUGUGAAAGGGAGGGAGUGAGCGUGAGUGUGUGUGAGAAACGGAGAGGGAUUGUGUCGUCUGCUGGGUGUCUCUCAGUCCCUCUCUCUCAGGGGGAGAUCUGUACACUGACCGGUGUCUCUCAGUCCCUCUCUCUCUGUCGGAGAUCCGUACACUGACCGGUGUCUCUCAGUCCCUCUCUCUCAGGGGGAGAUCUGUACACUGACCGGUGUCUCUCAGUCCCUCUCUCUCAGGGGGAGAUCUGUACACUGACCGGUGUCUCUCAGUCCCUCUCUCUCAGGGGGAGAUCUGUACACUGACCGGUGUCUCUCAGUCCCUCUCUCUCAGGGAGAGAUCUGUAUACUGACCGGUGUCUCUCAGUCCCUCUCUCUCAGGGGGAGAUCUGUACACUGACCGGUGUCUCUCAGUCCCUCUCUCUCAGGGGGAGAUCUGUACACUGACCGGUGUCUCUCAGGGUCUGAUCUCUACAGUAACCAGUGCCUCAGUCCCUCUCGCGGGGAGAUCUGUACGGCGUACCUACCCAUUUUAAUCUUUUUUUUUUCUCUGUGUGCGGACACAGUUGACGAACUCCCAUGACAUUUGUUUUACCAAGGAGCGUUAAAGGUCUGUGUAAAUCUUAACCAUGUCCGGAU